CUCUCUCUCUCUUUCUUUCUCAAACCUCCACCAACCCAAACACCAUCUCUCUCGCACUCUCCGCCUCCCUCCUUCUCUCUCUCAAUCUCUCUCUCGGUGAAAACAAAAAAAAAGAAUGGCGACUGUGCGAAUCUCUUCUUCAACUAGCAUGACCAAGGCGGUUCUUAGAAGCCAGCCCACUAACAAACUCACUACCAACAAGAACUUAUCAGUUGGAUCAACCAACAAGGUUUCGAGAUCCUUUGGUUUGAAAUGCUCAGCCAACUCAGGUGCCACCAUGUCAGCUGUAUACAAGGUCAAGCUCUUAGGACCUGAUGGUCAAGAAGAUGAGUUCGAGGUGCAAGACGACCAAUACAUCUUGGAUGCAGCUGAAGAGGCUGGAGUUGACUUGCCUUACUCUUGCAGAGCCGGUGCUUGUUCCACUUGUGCCGGUCAGAUUGUGACGGGCAAAGUUGACCAGUCUGAUGGUUCGUUUCUCGAGGAUAGCCACAUGGAGAAAGGUUAUGUCUUGACUUGUGUGGCUUACCCACAGUCGGACUGUGUUAUCCAUACCCACAAGGAAACUGAACUCUUCUAAGUUCGGAUCUCUUUAUUUGGUAAUGAUGAUGCAAAAUUGUUAUUUGAGUGAUCGAUACUCUUGAGUUUAGUGUUUACAGCUGCAACUUAAUUCGGUUCGUUUAAUUAAGUUGUAUUGUCUCAGUAUAAUAAUAUUUCUGGCAAUAGAACUUGUUGUAUACAUCAUAAGGUAGACCGUGCUGUUUUGGUGGACGGACGGUGAGUAAUUUAUA